AUGUCCAUACAACCCAUCAUCACCUUCAAAGCAGGUAUCUGCGACUUGGAUACCUCUGCCAACCCUCCUAGAGUCAAGCCAAAGCAGACCCCUGGCUACAUCUAUCUAUACUCCGAAGAUGAAUUGAUUCACUUCUGCUGGCGUCCUCGAUCGGCUCCACUCACGGAACCAGAGCUCGACCUUGUGAUGGUCCCCUCCGAUGGCAGCUUCACCCCGUACAAGCAGUCUACCGCGCAGGCCCCGACCAACGGCCGUAUUUUUGUGCUGAAGUUCUCGUCGAGUUCGCAGCGGUAUCUCUUCUGGCUGCAGUCCAAGAGCCAGCAUGAGAGGGGAAACCCAAGCUAUUUCAGCCCCAGAGAUCUUAAGCUGGGGGAGAUUGUCCACACGCUGCUACAGGGAGAGGAGAUUGAUGUUUCGCAAGAGAUCGCCAAUCUCCCCAGGGGUCCUGACGGCGGUGACGAUGACGAGACAAUGGAGGAUGUAGAAGGUGUUGACCAUGAUCCCAACCAUAACCACUCCGGCAGCGGGGGAGCUGGUAUGGAUGCUACUGGAGGAGAUAUCCGGGAAGAGGGUCAGGGGUCGCGGGAAGGCGGUGCGGAUGGUGGACGAGCGGCUACUGCGUCAUCAGAUCCGUCACAGGUCGUACAGGAGUUUCUUCGGUCUCUACAAGGAGGCCAGGGGUCUCGAGCAGAAGACCCCGAAAGACCCUUCACUACUCUCCCCGAUCUUCUUCCUCCUUCCACCACCAUCCCUCUGGUCGAGUCUGCCGAUGAGAAGAUGGCGGAUCAUCUCUUGAGCUUUUUACCACCCGCACUACUACUACUUGCACAAGACAUUGAUGAUGUGUCUGCCGUUGACACUAAUCCGGCGACUGCACAAGCAGCACUGCAGUCGCUUGAUCUGUCCCAGAAAAAAGAUAUCCUUAGGAGAGUGCUGCGUUCGCCGCAAUUUACCCAGAGCCUUGGAAGUCUGACUGUCGCCUUAAGAGACGGUGGCCUACCAAGCAUCAGCGAGGCCCUCAAGGUGCCAGUAGAAAAUGGAGGAUUCAUGCGCAGAGGCGGUGUUCCCCUGGGCGGCGGUGAUGCCGUUGAGGCCUUUCUAGAGGGAAUCCGACGACAGGUGAAGGAAAAGCGAUCGAAUCCCAACGAUAGCAUGGAAACGGAUUGA